AUGGGACCCCCGACCCUCUCGCGGAGCCCGCCGGGUCCCAGCCCCCCCGCGGAACCUUCCGAAAAAUCCGCGGUUUCUCUAUGCGUCCCUUCCCCGCCGGCCGCCAGCCCAGCGCGGCAGGCAGAGCGGCACGCGCAGUUCUUCUGCUGGGGACAGGCAGAGGGGGCGUGGAGUGCGGCCAGAUUGUCAGACCCCGCCGGGACCGGCGGGGACUCGCCGCCGCCGUAUGGGUUUGAAGAUGGCGCCAAACCGCAUGAGAAGGAGCUGAGGAUGGAGACCAGGGAGGACAAAUCUCCACGGCAGAACCUGGAGGAAGAGGCCGUUUUGAGCAGCUCCAUGACACAGGAAUUAAAUGGGAAGGAUAAUCCCCGGAGAUUCCACAGGAGGAUGGGCUCCAAACCCAGCCCAGGGUGUGCUGAGGAGGAACGACCCACCCUGAGUCAGGAAGGUGAACAGAGCUUCAGCCAGAGGACAGAGCUGGUGGUUCGUGAGGAGCUUCAUGAUGGUGAGAAGCCCCACAAGUGCUUCGAGUAUGGGAAUAGCUUCAGGCAGAGCAGCACCUUAAUCAGCCACCAGGUGAUCCACACUGGGGAAUGGCCUUAUGAAUGUCGAGAAUGUGGGAAGGGCUUCAGUUAUAGGUCCACCCUUGUGACCCACCAACGCAUCCACACCGGGGAGAGGCCCUACGAGUGUCCCGAGUGCCAGAAGAGCUUUCGGACAAGCUCUGAUCUCCUCAGGCACCAGCUCGUUCACACUGGGGAGAGGCCUUUCUGCUGCCCUGAGUGUGGGAAGGGCUUCAAGCGCAACUCCCACCUCAUCAUCCACCAGCGCAUCCACACUGGGGAGAGGCCCUACGAGUGCCCCACCUGUGGGAAGAGGUUUCAGACCAGCUGA